AGUACCUGUGGUUUUUCCUGCUCUACGCAGGCGAAAACGCGUUCAGUCUAAUCCCAUGUUUUUUCGGACACCACUCGCUUGCUAGCCUUUAACUUUUUGACGGGGUGUGUAAACAUCUUCAGGGCGACUCUCCCCGAUCUGUACACUAUGGCAGCAACUCGACUGUGAAAUUGCUGGAAAGACUCAUGCAUCCUUGGCAACACUGCAGUGACUGGUCUCGAAAAUCUCAGCGUUUACCGAUACCUCUGGCAGGCUCGCCAGGCACUGGCAGCACAAUUGAGGCACCUGCUAUCAUUAUACAGACUCACGUCAGGUUCGACUCGGAAUUCCGAGUCGUUAGUCGUGACAUCGAGACUUCGCAUGCCUCUGUAUAGUGUAAAUGUAUAUAUAACUCAACGGGUCUCCACUGGGUCUCUUGACAUUGCUGGGCCUUCAUCAUUAUCUAAAAUACUGCUAGGUGUUCAUUUGCUUAUAGCACUCUCUGCAACUGGCCACACUGUGCUAAUCUAUGAUUACCUUCUCACCUUUCAUGAUGAAAUCCGGUACAUUUGGAAUGCCCCUUGGACAAUCGUGAAAGUCAUGUUCCUCAUCAACCGAUAUGCAAACCUGGUUGGGCAGACUGCUAUUCGGUUGGAAGAGGCUGGCUUCCUCGCACAUGAUUCCGAAUUAUUUUGCCAUAGGUUUGCCAUCUCGAUUCAUCUACUUGUGCUCAUACGUGCGUGGGCCAUCUGGGGGACUCGGAAGAGCAUCAUAAAAAUUAUGGUCGGAAGCUAUGUGUUCUACGUCCUUGCUUUGCUGGGCAUAACGACACUCGGUUCAAUACAUGAUACUCAUGAGGAGUAUCAGUACCUCGACUUAGUCGAGAUCUGCGCAUCAGCGAUGCCAAGUGUCUUUAUUCUCGAUGCAGUAACUUUUGUCUUGACAGCGCGAAGUCUGUGGAGAUACUCUAGGGAAUUUCAGAGUCUCUACCCCUCCAGCCUCCUCCGAUUACUUGUUCGAGAUGCAACCAUGUUUUUUAUUUUUAGUAUGUUUAACAAUGCCAUGAUCUUCGCCUCCUGGACUGUAUACGCGAACGUCAGUCUUUCUUAUUCACGACAUAUUUCUUCUUCCUGAAUAACAGGAGACAGACUCCAUACACUUUCCUGCCCAAAGGGUUUUCGGGCCCAUUACUUUCAGUGGCCGGUCAGCGCGUGGUUCUGAACCUGAAAAGUCUUCCAACGCGUACCUAUGCGACACACGAUCUCAGCCGUGAGAUAGACCGACAACUUGAAGCAUUUGAACUAGACGAAUGCUGCUCGUCACCUGAAGAUGGCCUUGAUGACCCAGAGGGUGGCAGAGUGCUUUAGGUGGAAUCAGGAAAUGUGAACUGAAUUCCAUCUGUUUUAUAUAUUGUAGAUGCAGAACUUACCUCCGUGUCCCUAUAUUUAAUUUGUAUUCCCCACA